AUGCAUGGGGAAGACACCUUGAACACUAUCUUUGGUAACUCCCACUGGUGCUUUGAUCUACACUCCGCUCGAAAUGACCUUCUUAUGCACCAUCGAAUUGCAGAAGCAUUUGACUCGGGCAAGUUUGUCAUUGUUCCUGAUAAUACACAGCAAUCAAGGAGUUGUACAGACAUUGGACAGAUAUGUGCGAAACCCCAGGAAUACAAGCUACAGAUCAUCGAUCCGACAUGGAAUCAGCUGGAUGAGAGAAUUCAGCUCGACAUCGAUAUCACCUGGCGAGACUUGGAUGGAAAGCGACUGAGAUUCAUCUCGGGGUAUCGUCCCAAAAUUCAAUACGUCUAUUUCCACUACUGUCUCCAACUUCUGCGUCGGGUUUGGCAAUAUAAGGGUCUAUCCACCAUUGUACUGGAUGAAGAGCUUGAUAAGAACUUAUGGAAACUCCCGGGUUCGUUUCUUCCAAAGAACAUGCUUCUGACAUUCGUGAAGGAACUUGGGCCUGGUUACGAAAAUCUUUUGCAAGGCUCCAAUAAGAGAAUCGGUCAUUCUGAGGAUCCAUUCAUGCUGCUCAAUGUCUGUGCAUGGCAGAUAUUUGGCUGGCAAUGCAGGUCGCUUUCAAGCGAUAGUGACGAAGGUAUAUCCUUGGAAAAUAUGUGA